AUGACUCAGCCCAAUAACACUUCAGUUGUGGAGGCUCCCCUCAUCUCGUCAGCACUGUCUAUCACUGUCUUUUGCAUUGCUGCCAUGUAUAUGCUGAAAUAUGCUCCCCAGCACUCUCCUGGAGCAGCGGACAGUUUUAUGCAGGAUGUGUUCUCUGGGGCAGCCAACCACCUUCACAUCAACCAUGUCCCUUGGCAUGUGGCCAAUGCUGGAGCUCACAGGCAUUGCUCUUAUAGGCCUGUGCAUACUUCUUGGGUUAAUUUGGGCAAAGCUUUGGAAAAGCAACCCAUGGGUCAGAGGAAUGCUGGGCCUACCAACAGCGCUGUGGAGGCAUCCAAUAAAGCUCAAGCAUCUGCUCAGGCACCUUGGACUGUACAGUCUAUAAAGCUCCAGUCUCUACCGCAGUUUAUCUCCAGGGACAGCUUGCCGGAUGAAUUCUCCUUGAACUACAUCGAGGUUGAGGCACAGGAGAUGGAGCCCUUUAUCUGUCAGAUCUAUGAAUGGGUGUUCAGUAAUUUCAAUGCUCAGAAGUCCAUGCAUAAAAUUGCUUUGCUUGCUGGAAUCUACAUCAGUAAGAUUCUGCCGGACAUCUUCACUGAUGAAGCUUAUAAUGCAAAACCUAGGGAUGGAGAGCAUAUGAUAACCCAGGCGCUCAGGGUGCUUCCAUGGAAUCCUAACAGAAGCACUCAAAAAGGAUGCAGAUUGGAGAAGCAGUUCAUUGCGAUGGUUCCAGCAUACAUCAUUGCUGUCUAUGAGAUGGACAGCCCUUUGCGCAAGUGCUUUGCUGACCACCAAGGCAAAAGCUUCCCUCUGCGCUGGAACUCCAAGAACAGUAACAAGGGUAUUGGGUCGCUCCUGAUGAUGCGUCUAGGUCUUGCUAAAGCCAAAGGUCAAAGGUUUUGGAAGGGGGGUGUCUUCAACUGA